CCCAGACUUCCUGAAGCAGAUACAGGACCCUGAGUUGGAGGUGUGGGCCGUGGCCCUCAACACUCUCUGGAAGAAGCUGGGCAAAAAGGUCUCUGAGGUGGUGCAGCAGGAGCAGGACAGAUUCUCUCAGAUCUACGUGUCCAAUCCUGUCAUCGUCCCCGGUGGCAGAUUCAGGGAAUUUUAUUACUGGGACUCUUACUGGACCAUCGAUGGACUACUGCUGUCAGGAAUGAAGGAGACGGUGAAGGGUAUGCUACAGAAUUUUAUAGAUAUGGUGGACACUUAUGGUAUGGUUCCCAAUGGUGGCCGCAUCUACUACACUCGCAGGAGUCAACCACCCUACCUCAUCCCCAUGGUUAAGCUCUACAUGGAACACACCAACGACCUUGAUUUCCUCCGUAAGAAUAUUAAGGUGAUAGAGAGAGAAUUCAAGUUCUGGGAAGAAAAUCGUUCACUUACCAUCAAGGAUCGAGAUGGCAAGUCUCACGUGGUGGCCCGGUAUCAGGUCAACGCUGGGGAGCCCAGGCCUGAAUCCUUCAGGGAAGACUAUGAGCUUGCUCACCAGCUGGCAACAGAGGAAGAACAGCAGGCAUUAUAUGUGGAGCUCAAGUCCGGUGCUGAAUCUGGUUGGGACUACUCAACUCGCUGGUUUGUCGGUAACAACACAAAUAAAGGCACAUUGAAAGAUUUAAAUGUGACAUCCAUUGUUCCUGUGGAUCUUAACAGUCUCUUGUGCAUGAAUGCUCAGACGCUCAGUCAGUUUUAUGGUAAACUGGGUAACUAUACCAUGAAGAAACAAUAUGAAGAUGUGGCUGCUCAGAAGAAUGAAACUAUGGCUAAAAUAUUUUGGGAUAAAACUGAUGGAACUUGGUAUGAUUAUGAUACAAAAGCAGAAGGAAAGAGAAGGCACUUCUAUUUGUCGAAUAUCCAUCCCAUCUGGAGUGGCUGCUUUGGCCAAGAGGACUCCCGUGCUCACACAAUUGAGAAUGUCAUCCAAUACCUAAAGAAAAUAGGUGUGCUUGAGUAUAAAAGUGGUGUGCCAACCUCACUUGAGAAAAGUGGUCAGCAGUGGGAUUUUCCUAAUGCAUGGGCACCUCUGCAGCACUUAAUCAUUAUGGGGCUGUAUGAAGCUCGGUCUAUCCAUCAUGAAGCUGAUAGUUUGUCCUUCAAAUUGGCUGAGAAAUGGAUUAGAACUAAUUGGGAAGCAUACCAGCAGUCAGAUCCUCAUGCCAUGUUUGAGAAGUACAAUGUGACUGUGAUUGGCUUACCAGGAGGUGGUGGAGAAUACGACACCCAGGUUGGCUUUGGCUGGACCAAUGGUGUAGCUCUACGUCUGCUAAAUACCUAUGGUGACCGCCUCACUGCUGUCAUUGGAGGAUCUGCAGUACCUAAGGCCACCUCGUUAGGAGUGAUGCUUCUUAUAGGUCUAGUUCCCUUGUGGAUUCAAUCACUCAUCAUUGGGUCUCCUUAAGCUGAAUGGUGCAUUUUAUUGCACCCAGUUCUUAAGUGAGGUUCAUGUAGUACUUAUAGAAUCACUUGGACCUCGGUGUAAUGAUGAUGCUGGACAAGUAGAGGACAGUUGAUGUGAUCACUCUGCCUCAGUUACCAACAAUUCUUGUGACGUACAUAUGGUACUGGAAGAAUUGAGUCAAGGUUUUGUAAUGUCUGUUGGUGAUGGAAAAGCAUUACACCACAACUGAGCCUUGUAUAGGGAAUUUUUAUCAUUAUGGUUCCAUCCUCUCGCUAACUACAACUAGUCAGAAUGUUAUUCAUAUGUGAUUUAGAACUUCUGCUCAAAAUCAGAUUUUAUCAUGCCAGGGUGCUUCCUGCUACUAGUUAAAGGUUAUUAUGCCUCCGAGUUUCUUAAAUUUAGGUGGAGACUGGAAUUUACUCAUGUUUGUCAGUUAAUGCUAUUAUUUUAAGUAUGGAAAAUAUAUGUAAAAUAACUGGAUGGUUGUAAUCAGUUAUUCAUUGGCAAAUUAAAAUAACAUGAGAAGCAGGAAGCCUAGAAUCUUCUUGAGGUGUUUCCGGGGCUUAGCGUCCCCAUGGCCCGGUCGUCGACCAGGCCUCCUGGUUGCUGGACUGAUCAACCAGGCUGUUGGACGCAGCUGCUCGCAGCCUAUAUUCUAUUUAUCUUACACUUAAGGCAUCUUAAUACUGAGCCAAAUGUUCUGUGAUGUACAGUAUUGGGGGGAUGGUGACAUAAUCUUUAUCUCCAAUUCACUGGAAAAAGUGACUUACAUUCUACCUUUUUAUAGGUAUUUUUUAAGGAUAUUGUUUUAUGGGUACCUGCUAUGAUGACCAAAAGUGCAGGCAGACUUAAGAAAGAACUUAAUAUUAAAAUUAUUCAAAUAUUAGUUAUUGCUGUAGAGGUGAGGGGAUGACUGUAUUUCUUUUAAGUUUUAAGGAAUGGGCUUUAAUGUAUAUGUUAAUAUUUACUCUAGGUUAAUAUUGUUUAUGAUAUUUGUUGGAUUAUUUAUGCUGUAAAUCUUGCAUGGACGUUGUUUAUAGCUGAAGUUUAUCAUUGCAUUUUAUCAUGUGUUUUUAGACUAUUUUUUAAUAUGCAGUGAUAAAUAUUUGCUUAUUUAACAACAGGGUAAAUAAUCCACAUUUUGCAUCUUAUUUUAUUAUAGAAUAGGAAUGGCAAUCUACCAUCCCUUUUAAAAGGUAAUUUUCUUCCGUGUUCCUGAUCAUGGGAAUACAGGAUUGAGAAUACUGCCUUCCUGUUUGCAAAGUUGAGUAUAUUUUGUCAUAUUACACAUUAUUAAAAAGGCUCAGUCAUUUGUAUAAUGUUUGUUUUUCAUUUUAACUUUGUCUACAUGUCAUUUAGAUUUUUUUAGUCAUUUUGAUCUCUCAAUGUGAUGUUUCUGUUGUUUUCAAUUGAUAAUGGAUGAAAUAAUAAGAUUAUUUCAGUGGGUCAAAGGCCUGUUUAAGGAGUAAGAUGUUAGAAUUAAGGCAGUGGUUAUCUUGAAUGUUUGGCAGGUCAUAUGUUAGUCAAAAGGCAGAACCCCAAAUGUGUGGUGUUCUGAGAUGGAUCAUCUUUCUCGGGUCCAGGUUUCUUGCCAUUCAGAGAUUGAGUCCAAAAUAGUACAGUCAGUUAAUAUUCUCCAAGAAUGUGUUUUCUUAACGUCUACUGGAUGUCAAUUGGAUGAUCUAUUGCAUGUCAUCAAGAUCUUGGUACAUAUUUUGACCUGUGAACUACCUAGGAAUAGUUUUGUGAAUCAGCAAGUGUUAUGGCAGUUUCCAAGUGAAUCAGGAUCUGCUGUUACUAAUUGGACCAGAGUAAAAAGAAUAUCUCUAGUGUUAUUUCUGAAAUAUGUGCUAUUUAUCAUAUAAUUUUGGUUAAGUAGGACAUUAAUGAUUCCCGUGGUUGGAGUCCUUCACUCAAAUUGUUUGUUUACUAUACAAAUCAAUUAAAUUGUAAAAUUGAGUACAGUUAAAGGUUCAUUACUUACCUGUUUUAACAUUUUUUGAAUAAGAAUAUGUUGAGGUUGAUAUAAAAGAAUCUGGCUACUUGAGUCUCUUUCAAACAACUUGAUACAAAUUAAAUUCCUUAAAGGUGACUACAAGUAUGUGACGUGCAAGAGUUUCUGUUGUCACUCCAGACUGACUUUACUCUGUUAACACAAAUUGAAAUUUGGCUUUACUCUACUGGAGUUAUAAUAACCUUCACAGUCUUUGUUAUUUUUAUGCCUUCAUAUUCCUAAAUUAUUUUGUAGAUUCUUUGAUCUUUGCAUACCCAAAUGCUUCAGUCCUCAAACUCAUGUAAUAUCAACACUUGUAAGUUCAUACAUUUGUGCAUAUAUAGUUAAGGGGAGGAGGAUUUUUCCAAAAAUGUUGGUUUAUAGUUAUGCGUAUCAGCUUUUUGAGUCUAGGGUACUUAGUCGCUCCCUAAGGUAAUAUCCCACAUUCCCAAAGACACGACACAAUCUUUUCUGGGCCAAUAUGACCUUAUCAUUUCCCAUCUUCUCAGGGUCUCGUGGAGUGCCAAAGUGGCCUUCAUCUUUUUGGAGUUGGACCAGGUUGGGUUUCCUUGAUGUCGUUUCUGAUUUUGGACAAGUCAGAUAGUUGUCAGGUUCUAUUUGGUUUUGCCAGCUAGCUCUGUGUACAUAACCAUGUUGACAUCUUGUAGUGGGUGUUUGUAGCAGCUAGACAAGACAUUACAGUUUGUAAUUAAUAGGCAUAGUGUAAUAUUUGGCAUUAAAGAAUCUUUACUAUAAAAUAUUUUUGAAGGAAGUUUUUAAUUAGAUGUAGUAGAAUGCACAUUUUGACAGUCAUUCAGGGCUGAACUGAGUUCUUACCUGCACUUGGUGCCUGGUUGGGGGAAAGUAACUCAAACUAGAGUUCAUAAUGUGUCUAUGGGAGUGGGAUAUUGCACUAUGAAUGUAACAAGUGACCAGCUCCAAUAUACUAGGAGUUUAAAUAUACCUUAUGCCUAAUUUUUGCUGUAACGAUGAGCUUUGAAUCUAAUGAUAUAUAUUUUAAUAGGUAUUAAAAUCAUUUUAAAUUGUUCACAAGUUUUCCUUGCAUCUGUAUUAAAAUUAGAAGUUAUGAAAGUUUAUUUGGUUUUCAUAAAUGAAUUUAAACUCGUAUAUGGUAUUGUACUGCAAUAAAAAUUUUAAUUGUAAAAUUUAACUGUACUAGAUAAUGAAAGUGUAUUAUUUCCUAAAUAUAUUAGGGAUUUCAGGAUUACAAACUGUGUGAUAUGACCACAACUAGCACAGUCGAUUACCAUUUGUGUUAUUAAUAAUAAUAAUAAUAAUAAUAAUAUUAUUAUUAUUAUUAUUAUUAUUAUUAUUAUUAUUAUUAUUAUUAUUAUUAUUAUUAUUAUUAUUAUUAUUAUUAUUGUAAUAAUAGAUAUAGCUGCACCACUAUCCAAUAUAUAGGCAAAAUUCUCUACCCCUGGGAUAAAUCAUGGCAUUACACAUAUACAAUGAAAACAGUCUCAAUAAGUUAAAUUUGAUUAAAGUACUAACACACAGCUGUUCCUCCACAUGCUUAUAUAUGUGAUAAUCUGUAUUUUAAUUAGAUUUAGCUUUCUAUGUGGAGCCAUGGCCAAAUGUCUCACAAAUUAGUGAUAAAAGGUAUAUGGUAUGCCAAAGAGCUUUUCAAAGAUAGGAAAAGGGAACCAAAUGUAGUUUAACAUUGUAAUCAGCUGCCCAUGUUUUUCAAUUUCAGUACUGUAUUGAUUUUGUAACCAUAAAAGGAAAAAAAAUAAUUAUCAGAUGAUACGCCAACAGCAUUAAGACUGUUAUCACUGAUAAUAGUGUUGGAAAAAAUAUUGUCUUGUGUCUAAUAUAUUUGUUACUUAUUUAUGAAAUUUGUUGAAUCUGUUUUUGCAUCCAUAUGAAUGCUUCAGCCUUCUCCAGUGUUGUAGAUUUGCUGCAGCUGAAAGUGAUGCAAGUUUCCGAAUAUGGUUUCUGAACUCAACCACAAGGCCACAGACGUGUUCGUAUUGUAAAGUAUGCUAAGAGAUUUUGUAUGACUAGCUGAAAACAGUAUGCUGCAGAGUAUGCUAACAAGAGUAGAAGUGUUAGAAAAUGAAGCCAAAUUUGAUAACUCGGCCAAAGCUAGAGGCAUUGCUGGCCAGCAUUGACAUACCUGGAAGUGUGAUACAGACCUGAAACUCCAAAAUUUAUGUAUAAUACAUUGUUUACCUAUUGAAGAUGUAUAUAGUAGAUAGUAUAUGCUAUUCAUUGGUGCAAUGAUGAGUCAAUUAAAUUUGUUAUUUUAGCAUUAAAUGUAUAAGUGCUUUAAAAAGUUAUAAUAUGGGUAAUUUGUUUAAUUGGUAAAUAUUUUUAAUAGAUAAGCUGUUUUUGGUUUUAUGUUCACAUGAAAUGUUUGGAAUGUUUCCACACAAGCAUGCAUAGCUUCUGCUUCAAAAUAUACUAGAUAAUGGUCUGAGGUUGAAUACCAUGGCUGCAAUCUACAGUUUUGACACAUGUUAUAAACUCAAUCAUAUUGUAUUGAGUUUUUAAGAGUAAGAGUGGUUGUUGGUAUUUUGACAAGUGUAUUGUAAUGAAGAAUGGUACAGUAUUGUGUUCACUGUCUUUGUAUUUAAAUCAUCUACUCACCAAACAUAUGUGUACUGUUGAACAUGUCCCCAUGAUACACCUCUCAAUACCAGAAAGGUGCAAUCCAUAAUGGACUGUAUAUGUGUGUGUUGUAAUCUUUCAUUAUUUUCUGUCAGUGAAUGAGGAGUGCAUGAAAUAAUUUAAGAGAGACUGUUUUCCUCAUGUGAUGGUAGAACACAAUUCUGCAUGAUAUGUAUAGGUUUCAGUAUCUUUCAUUAAUUACCAAACCAUGAGUUAUUCAGUCUCAACUGAGAAUGUAUUGCCAUGUACAAAUGUAGUACAUGGUCAAAAGAUUUUGUCUGAAAUGUCUGAAAAAUUAAAUAAUAUUACAGUAUUAAAUAUAAAUUAUGAUAUUUUAAAGGAAUUCCUAUUUUAGAGGUUAUAAUAAUGCAGUAAAGACUUUUAUGCAGGAAACACACACUGUUGAUUGAAGCAGUUACCCAGCUGGAGCAAGACAUACAAUCCCAGAACUCACUGCCUUUACUCUCAUAUCAGUGUGACACAGUAAAUGUUAGAGGGCUUUAAAAUUGGUUUAGAAGUGUACUUAAAUGCUCACCCACUUUGUAAACAAAGAAACAUUUCCACACAUUUGUCUUAAAGGCUCUGGCCAAGGGCUGUUGCUGCUCUGUGAGUACAUCACUUAACUACAGUUAGUAUUUUGCAUAAGUCUAAAUGUAUUGUUUCUGUAUAUUAUAACUUCUCCAAGAUGUUGUGAUUGUGCAGUGUACGAUGAUGAUGAUGUCCGUGUUCUGGCAGCAGGGGAGUGCUGUCUCCACCAUGGUUUAUUAUUUAACAUACACAGAUAUAUCAGUGUGUUUUCUAAGAAUACAUUUUUGUAAUUGCAAAUUUGUCUUAAUUCUAAUGAUGGAGGUGCUUUAUCACCAGCUGCCUGAAGUUGACAUUACUGUAUUUGAUAUAUUAAAGUGUGUGUAUAUAUAUCUGAUUUAUGUCGACUGUUAGUGUACCCAUAAAUAUUAUUGUGUGUGUGUUGGAAGGAGGACUAUAGAAUAAAUCAUUAAAUUUUC